ACAACCCCAAACCCCGCCCCACGCCCCAACACACACUUGAGUUCUUGAAUCUCAUUUUGCCAAGGUCGUAUAUGUAUUUGCUUGGAUGCAUGUAUUUUUGUUUUGUUAAUUUUCAGAUAUUAGAUCUUGAAGUUUCAUGAUAUAUUGUAGGUGUGAACGGAUUGUAUUUGUAUAAUUGGUUAUAGAAAUGUCUUCAGCUAAAGACCCUUUUUACAUUGUCAAAGAGGAAAUUCAAGAUUCUAUUGACAAGUUGCUCUCAACAUUUCACCAAUGGGAACAAAUGCCUUCAGACAGUGGGAAUCAACUACAAAUCACUAAGGAGCUUCUUGCUAGUUGUGAGAGCAUAGAGUGGCAGGUGGAUGAAUUGGACAAGACAAUUGCUGUUGCAGCAAGAGAUCCUUCUUUUUAUGGUAUUACCCAGGUGGAGCUUGAUAAACGAAGAAGAUGGACUGGCAAUUCUCGUACUCAGGUGGGAAAUGUGAAGAAAUCAGUAAUAACUGGGAAGGGGUCAAAUGACACAAGCACUUCUGGUAUUAAUGGAAUGCGGCGUGAGCUGAUGAGACUUCCAAAUUCUCAUCAAUCUGACAUAUCCAACCAGUAUGCACAAGAUAAUGAUGAUUUUAUAUCGUCAGAAUCGGACCAACAACUACUUCUCAUGAGGCAACAGGAUGACGAGCUGGAUGAGCUCAGUGCCAGCGUAGAAAGAAUUGGAGGUGUUGGCCUUACAAUACAUGAAGAACUCCUUUCACAGGAGAAAAUUAUAGAUGAACUGGGUACAGAGAUGGACAGUACAUCAAAUCGUCUCGAAUUUGUUCAGAAAAAGGUUGACAUGGUAAUGAAGAAGGCUGGAGCAAAGGGUCAAAUUAUGAUGAUUUUGUUCUUAUUCGUUUUGUUUGUUGUUCUUUUCGUGCUUGUCUUCUUCACAUAGGUCAAGAAGUCAGGAACCAAGGAAUUGAGCUGUGUUCGAGGGACACUUUCGAUUCGCGGGAAUUGAAUAAAGCAAACAUUUUAGCAGUUUAUGCACUUGUUCUUGUGAGAUUGUUUAUACUGGGCACUAUCUAUUGACUUCAUUUAUCUUCAAGGGUCCUUGAUACCAAUUAUUUAUGCCAUAAAUUUGUAGAACUUUGCUAUUUGUACACUGAUUUUUGACA